AUGUCUCAACGUCCAACUCCCUCACUGGCAGCUCUUGGGAUGGCAAAUCUCUCUUCCGUGACUCCGCCACUCAUGAAAAUGAGUCUGAUACUGGCCAUCACCUCCCUCUUGUGCCGGAUUGUCUAUAAUUUGUUCUUCCACCCUCUUGCCAAGUACCCCGGACCAAGGCUUCGAGCAGCCAGCACAAUUCCAUUCAUGUAUGCACUGGUUAUUGGCCAGCAUCAUGAGGUGGUUGUCAAUAUGCACAAGGAAUAUGGAACUGUUGUUCGCAUUGCACCGAAUAAAUUAUCCUACAUCACUGGUCAGGCAUGGCAGGACAUCAACGGCCAUCGAAAAAGGACAGAGCCUGAGAUGCCUCGGGAUGAUAAAUGGUUCACUCGCAACCCUAAUGGCCCAGAUAUGGUCUAUUGUAGCCGGGAAGAGCAUCGACGCUAUCGAGGGUUGUUUGCUGGUGGAUUCUCAGACAGGUCUUUGCGUAGCCAAGAGCCUCUGAUCGGCGGUUAUGUCACAUCACUAAUAAACAAUCUGGCUCGGCGCGUGAAAGAGAGAAAAGACACCGUUUUUGACCUGGUCACUUGGUUUGAGUGUACUACAUUCGACGUUGUAGGUGACCUCACAUUUGGCGAAUCCUUCGGCUGCCUGGAAACAGGAGAAGUACAUCCUUGGUUGCGAAGUAUGUCUGAUACGGCCAAGGCAUUUCAGGUGAUUCGGGCUUGCCAAGAGAUUCCUCUUAUCGGUCAGUACUCAACUACCGUCCUCCCUCGGAUUUUCCGGGUAGGCGUGAUCAAGAAGAGCCAAGAACAUUUUGCCUUCACAGAAGGAAAGCUUCGCCGUCGAUUAGACCGCAAAGAACCGCGUGCAGAUUUUUUAGGUCCCAUCCUUCAAAAGCCUGACGGCAAGGGCCUCAGUUAUCCAGAGUUACUCACCCAUUCCUCCAUUCUAAUCCUGGCUGGGGGGGAUACUGUGACGGGGGCAUGCGCGGCAAUUGUAUAUCUGCUGCUACAGAAUCCAGAUAAGAUGGAAAUUCUGGUCAAUGAGGUGUUGACCACAUUCCAACACGAAGACAUGAUUACUAUCGACUCCACCAGCCGUUUGGUUUAUCUUCGUGCUGUGAUUAAAGAAGGUCUUCGUCACUAUCCCCCAGUCCCCAUUGGCAUUCCACGCACUGUCCCCGAGGGAGGCUCAAUGAUUGACAAAGAAUUCGUGCCUGAAGGGACCUCGGUGUGUGUCUCUCACAUGGCCGCAUACCAGUCAACGUUAAAUUUUGAGCGACCGGAUGAAUUCUGUCCGGAGAGGUUUCUCGAUACUACAAUGUUUUCGGACAAACUAGAUGUCUAUCAGCCUUUUAGUCUCGGCCCACGCAACUGUAUAGGUAGGAACCUUGCCUACGCGGAGAUGCAGAUGAUUCUCACCCGUCUACUGUAUCGCUUUGACCUUCGACUGCAAGAUGACAAGUUUGCUUUCGGGUCGCAGCGAACAUUUACUGGAUGGGAGAGACCUCCAUUGAACGUGUCUCUGAUUGCGCGUUAA